AUGGACAAGCGCGCCGAUAGGCAGUUCAAUGGGAACCAAGCAGGUCAAGCAGGAGUAAGCAGACAAAGAGAUGGACAACAACGGGAUCAGCUUGCCGACAUGUCACAAGCAUCUGCAAGCCACAAUCAAAGCAGACGAAGUCUCCCAUCCAUAUCGAACUUAAGGACAAACAUGCGCGAUAGGCUGGGCCCACAACUUGCCAUCCACGCUCGCCUGGGCCCGCAGAGAAAUAUUCACGAAAGGCUAGGCCCCCAGGGCGGUCAACCUGGUAACCCGCACAAUGAGGACUGUGAAGAAAGGCACUCCACUGACCACUCUCGAAGAAUCAAUUCCCAUCGCCAAGUUACAGAAAAUCCCUCACAAGCACAGUCCACCAACACGCCGCCUAGGCAGCGCAGCCGAGAAGGUCGACCCUUGCAAACCAACGAGGAAGUUAAUCAGCCUCACCCAAAUCGUAAAGGCCAUCAACGUGACCGACCAGCCAUGUGUGCGGAAGACGUUGAGAAGCUUGUGAAUAACCGACUUCGAGACUUAAAGAUUGGCGGAAAUUUUGAAGAUGCACUACACGUGGAGAUAGACCGAGAAAACUCCUCACCUUUCACCGCCAAAAUCAAGCAAGCUGCUUCCUCGAAAUUGGAGCAUCUCAGGACUGGUUCAAUACCCUGCCAUUCGGGUCGAUCAGCAGCUUCAAGGAGCUUACUUACAUCUUCACUAAAGAAUACACUUCUUAUCGGAAAAUCAAGAAGAACUGACCAUCUGUUCAACCUGCACAAGAAGCCCGAUGAAUCCCUCCGAGACUACAUCAAGAGGUUCAAAGCGGAGAGGGCAAACAUUGUAGGAUGUGAUGACCAAAUUAUGUCAUCCGCCUUCAAGAGGGGGUUGCCUUCAAGAGGGGGUUGCCAUCUCUCCUUGCCAAACAUUGGUAGAAGUCUUCGCUAUAGCAGAGCGCUACGCACUAUAGGACGACAACCGAAUCGCCACAAAGAAGGCUGA